AUGGGCGAACUUGUCAAGGAAACGAGCCAGCUUCAGCUGAGCUCCAUCCCAUUCGGCAAGCCAAUGUUGAAGGAAUUUCUCAUUGACCCAGCUUACCACAACAUGAACCACGGCUCCUUCGGCACCAUCCCCCGUCACAUCCAAACCAUCCUUCGCUCUUACCAAGACAAGGCCGAAGCACGCCCCGACCCUUUUAUCCGCUGGGAGUACCACACGUACCUCAAAGAAUCUCGCCAGGCCGUGGCCGAUCUCAUCAACGCGCCAGUCGACUGCACCGUCUUCGUCCCCAACGCCACCGUGGGCAUCAACACCGUCCUCCGCAACCUGAUCUGGGCUCCCGACGGCCUCGACGAGAUCCUCUACUUCUCCACCGUCUACGGCGGCUGCGCCAAGACUAUCGACUACAUCGUCGACACCCGCCUCGGUCUCGUCUCCUCCCGCAGCAUCCCCUUGACGUACCCCCUCGAGGACGACGAGGUUGUCGCCCUCUUCCGCGACGCCGUCGCCCAGAGCCACGCGGAAGGCAAGCGCCCCAAGAUCUGCCUCUUCGACGUCGUCUCCUGCCUGCCGGGCAUCCGGUUCCCCUUUGAGGCCAUCACCGCCGCGUGCCGCGAGCUGGGCAUCUUGAGCCUCGUCGACGGCGCCCAGGGCGUCGGCAUGGUGCCUCUCGACAUCGCCGCCCUCGACCCGGAUUUUUUUAUAAGUAAUUGCCAUAAAUGGACCUUUACCCCCAGAGCAUCUGCGGUGUUCUAUGUUUCCGAACGGAAUCAUCAUCUUGUGCCCUCGACGAUACCAACCUCACACGGGUACGUCCCACGGACCGGCGUGCAGCGCCACAACCCGCUCCCGCCGAGCGGCGAGCCGCCUUUCGUGACCAGGUUCGGCUUCGUGGCGACGUUCGACAACAGCCCCAACCUAUGCGUCAAGCACUCCAUCGAGUGGCGCAAGAGCAUCGGCGGCGAGGACAAGAUCAUGGAGUACCUCUGGGCCCUGGCCAAGAACGGCGGGAAGAAGGCCGCCGCCAUCCUGGGGACCUUCAUCCUGGACAACAAGUCCGAGACGCUGACCAGGUGCGCCAUGGUCAACGUCGCGCUGCCGAUCGUCAUGGGGGCGGAUGCCGAGACCCUGUCCGUUGGCCCGGACGGCACGAUCACGGUUCCGGAGAAGGAGGCCUCCGUCAUCGUCAACUGGAUGCUCUCGGCACUGGUGAACGAGUACCUGACAUUCGUCGCCCUGUUUUGGCACCAGGGUCGCUGGUACUCGAGGAUCUCGGCGCAGAUAUACCUCGACGAGACGGACUUUGAGUGGGUUGGCAACACCAUCAAGGAACUCUGUCAGAGGGUGGCGAAACAAGAAUACAAGGUUAAGGCCUAG